AUGGAUAAAUUGGUUUUUAAAGAGUACACAAAACGUACGUUUGACAAAUCUUCAGUAUGGAACUCUUUCUUACGGACUGAGGAUGGAAGUCACGCAAAAUGCAAAUUAUGCAAAAGAAUUCUUCAAUGCUCAAAUACCACCACAUGCUUACACAAUCACUUGAAGAAACAACAUCCAAGUGUACCUGAUACAAGAAGAAAUAUUCGACAGAUUCCAGCGACUGCUACGCCUACCACUCCCACAAAUGAGGUAGUAGAAGAACAAGAUCAGCGGCCCAUGCCCAAGACAAAAAAAAGUCAGAAUUCACGAUUACUAUCAGAACACCAAAGAAGAUAA